AGGACUCUAGGACCAUUCCCCUAGAAGUAGUUCAAAACGGUAGAUGUGGGUCCGGACGGACGGACAAAGCGCAAACAAUAGCACAUUUUUUUUUAAUUCUUAAAAAAUGGGCUAAAAAUCGAUAUCUCCGUGUACAAAACGUAGGACAAAAUACUGUAUUCAGGAAUGUUGUGUUCUUGAUUUUGGGAGAACAAGUGAAUAUUGCGAUAAAGAGGCGAAAGUGAAUGAGGGCGCGAAGAAAUCAUGAAGUAGGCGUGAAUUAUUUGCGAUGGAGCCAUUAAAGCAGAAGGGUGAAGGAGACAAAAGAGAAUCGUCCCGAAGAAACAACAAACUCCGCUGCUGUACGGGUUCAAUUUUCAUAUUCCCUGUUUAUUCCUGGCCGCGAAACGAAGAUUUAAAAACGAACUACCGACGCCUGUAGGUCAAAUGACCCGAGCCCCCACUCAAAAUCGAUUGCAGAGGCGUGGUUUGAAUUUUUGUUCCCAAAAUGUUUAUUUAAAAAUAUUUUUAUCUCUGCGGCCCAAACGUCGAAAAAAAGCGGCUUAGCCAGAAUGGACGCGAGUAUCUCGACCAAACCGAAGAUUUGCCGCACCUGUCUCGAGGAAAAGUGCGAUUACUUCGUUCUUGUGACUGAUGCCGGUCACGAGUUGAGCUACAAGCUGUCUUCUUGCGUACCCGAAUUGAACUUGAGUGUCGCUCGUGAUGCGGUCGUAUGCGUGGAAUGCACGAGUAUGCUCGAGUCGGCCUACACAUUCCGACUGAUGUGCCUCGACACUGAGGAGCGGAUUAGGAUGUUUACGUGCAGAUCGCAGAUGCAAAAUUGUGUCGAGCUCGGCGAUGUCGUUAGUGUCGAGCGACGGGGCGUGAAGAAGGAGGUGGACGAGCCGAUGCUCGACGUGUUCAAGACUGAGGAGUACGAUUGUGCACCCGAAAUUAGCUUUAACCCGACAGUAUUUUACCAAUGCUAUCACUGCGGGUACGCUGUCGAUAAAAAACAAAACUUAAAGACACACAUUAAGGUCCACGAACCGGGCCAUCAGGCAGGUACGAGUGAGCGCUUUAUGUGCUCACGGUGUGAGUAUAAUUGCUCUACGCGAACUCUCUUAGAUCGUCAUCAGAAGUUCCACGAGGCAGCGUUGGCAUGCUUUAUGUGCGGUUACUUCUGCAAGCAAAAGGCCGUAUUGCAAACGCAUCUACGGUCGCAUACCAAAAAGCCGUUCAAGUGCAUCGCCUGCUCGUACAGCAGCGACUGCAAAGCCAGCUUUCAGAAGCACGCGAAAAGUCACUCGAACGACAAGCCGAUACAGUGCACGUUUUGCAACUACAAAUGCAAGCAGCGGAGCAACCUGCAGACGCACAUGCGAAUUCACUCGGACGUAAAGCCGUUUAAAUGUGAACUCUGCAAUUACAGCUGCAAGCUGAAGAGCAGCCUGCGGAUACACACGAAGACGCAUUCGUACGACAAACCGUUUCAGUGCCCCUCCUGCGACUACAAGUGCAAAUUGAAAAGCAGCCUGCAGAUUCACAUUCGAAAUCAUUCCGACGAGAAGCCGUACCAGUGUGCACAAUGCGAUUACCGGUGCAAGCAGCGCAGCCACCUCCGUACCCACAUCAAAGUGCACUCGGACGACAAACCCUUCGGAUGUCACCAGUGCACGUACAAAACCAAACUCAAAAACAACCUGCAGGUGCACUUACGCAGUCACACCGGCGAAAAGCCAUACGCCUGCACCGUAUGUCCGUACAAGUGCAAGCAAAAAAGCAACCUGCGCACCCACAUGAUGAUCCAUUCCGAAGUGAAGCUCUUCAAGUGCCCCUACUGCGACUACAGAAGCAAGCUGCGCAACAGCCUCCAGAUACACCUAAAGAUCCACUCGGCGGAAAAGCCGUUCAAGUGCGCCGUCUGCGAUCACCGAUGCCGGCAGAAGAGCCACCUCCGCACGCACAUGAACACGCACACCGGCGUCAAGCCGUACCCCUGCCCGAAGUGCGAGUACCGCAGCAAUCGUAAGAGUCACCUUCGCAUACACAUGAACAUUCACUCGGACGACAAGCCGUACGAGUGCACGCUGUGUGAGUAUCGGUGCAAGCUGAAGGAGAGCCUCAAGGGCCACAUGAAGAUACACUCGACCGAGAAGCCGUUCGAGUGCGGUCUGUGCCAGUAUCGGUGCAAUAGGAAGAGCAGCCUGCAGAUUCACAUGAAGACGCACUCGAGCGAGAAGCCGUUCAAGUGCGCGAUGUGCAGCUAUCAGAGCAAAUUGAAGAGCACGCUGGAAGUGCACAAGAAGAUUCACUCGCUGGAAAAACCGUACAACUGUCUCGUGUGUUCCUACAGAACGAAGUGGAAGAGCAACCUGCAGUUGCAUAUUCUUAAGAUUCAUUCUAAGUCUGAUCGUAAGUAAGUUUUUUGUGAAAAAAAAAAUUAAUUAAAUCCAUGGAGAUUUGCUUUUCUCUCAUUUAUUGUACGCCCUCUGUACGUACGGUAGAUCAAAUGAUCUGGGAGUAGUUUUAAUGUUAAAGAAUGUUAGUUCAGAUGGCUCUCAGAAGAAUUUC